AUGGCGGCGAUGACUAGCCUGCACGCGCAAGGCAUCCCCCGCAGCGGCAAGAUGCUGGCGCUCAUCAACUACCGGAUGCGGAUCACCAUCCAGGACUCGCGGACGUUCGUCGGCAAAUUCAUGGCCUUUGACAAGUACAUGAACCUGAUCCUGUCCGACACCGAAGAGUUCCGCAAGGUGACGAUCAAGGGGAAGAAGGAGGAGCGGGAGGAGAAGCGGACGCUGGGCCUGGUGCUCGUGCGCGGCGAGACCGUCGUAUCCAUGUCGGUCGAGGGGCCCCCGCCCCAGGACGACCGGCGCAAACCCGUCGCGGGUGCCGAGGGCGGGCCCGGGGUCGCAAAGGCUGCGGGCCGGGGCAUGGCGAUUGCGCCGCAGACGGCGCCGGCGGGCCUCGCCGGGCCGGUGCGCGGCAUCGGCGGGCCGGCGAUGGGCGCGAUGCAGCCGCAGACUGCGGCGACCGCGGCGCCGCAGAUGUACCCGCGGCCGGCUGGAGCGCCCCCCGGCAUGCCGCCGCCCGGCAUGCCGCCACCCGGCGCGCGCGGACCCUCCCCCCCCCCCCCCUCCCGUUGCGCUUCGCCGUAG